CACCAUGAGCGGCCGGAAGCGCAGCUUCACCUUCGGGGCCUACGGAGGGGUGGACAAGUCCUUCACCCCUCACCGGAGUGCGUGGAGGAGUGAUGGGCAGAACCAGCGCUUCCCUCAGGCACUAGACCUGCCACGAGUGGACUUAGUUCCCUCCCAGACUGCUUCACUCCACCCUAAGAACACAGAUCUGUUUGAGAUGAUUGAAAAGAUGCAGGGAAGCAGGAUGGAUGAACAGCGAUGCUCCUUCCCACCACCCCUCAAAACGGAGGAGGACUACAUUCCCUACCCGAGCGUCCACGAGGUCCUGGGGCGAGAAGGGCCCUUCCCCCUCAUCCUGCUGCCCCAGUUUGGGGGCUACUGGAUUGAAGGCACCAAUCACGAAAUCACCAGCAUCCCGGAGACAGAGCCGCUGCAGUCGCCCACGGCCAAGGUGAAGCUGGAAUGCAACCCCACCGCCCGCAUCUACCGCAAGCACUUUCUUGGCAAGGAGCAUUUUAAUUACUACUCACUGGACACUGCCCUGGGCCACCUUGUCUUCUCACUCAAGUAUGAUGUCAUCGGGGACCAGGAACACCUGCGUCUGCUGCUCAGGACCAAGUGCCGGACAUACCAUGACGUCAUCCCCAUCUCCUGCCUCACUGAGUUCCCCAACGUGGUCCAGAUGGCAAAGCUGGUGUGUGAAGACGUGAAUGUGGAUCGAUUCUAUCCUGUGCUCUACCCCAAGGCCUCCCGCCUCAUCGUCACCUUCGACGAGCACGUCAUCAGCAAUAACUUCAAGUUCGGAGUCAUUUAUCAGAAGCUUGGGCAGACCUCCGAGGAAGAACUCUUCAGCACCAACGAGGAGAGCCCCGCCUUCGUGGAGUUCCUCGAAUUCCUUGGCCAGAAGGUCAAACUGCAGGACUUUAAGGGGUUCCGAGGAGGCCUGGACGUGACCCACGGGCAGACGGGGACCGAGUCUGUGUACUGCACCUUCCGCAACAAGGAGAUCAUGUUUCACGUGUCCACCAAGCUGCCCUACACAGAAGGGGACGCCCAGCAGUUGCAGCGGAAGCGGCACAUCGGGAAUGACAUCGUGGCUGUGGUCUUCCAGGACGAGAACACGCCCUUUGUGCCGGACAUGAUUGCGUCCAACUUUCUGCAUGCCUAUGUGGUGGUGCAGGCCGAGAGUGGGGGCCCCGAUGGCCCCCUGUACAAGGUCUCCGUCACUGCGAGAGACGACGUGCCCUUCUUCGGGCCACCCCUCCCGGACCCUGCUGUGUUCAGGAAGGGGCCUGAGUUCCAGGAAUUUUUGCUGACAAAACUGAUCAAUGCUGAAUAUGCUUGCUACAAGGCAGAGAAGUUUGCCAAACUGGAGGAGCGGACACGGGCCGCCCUCCUGGAGACGCUCUAUGAGGAACUGCACAUCCACAGCCAGUCCAUGAUGGGCCUGGGUGGCGACGAGGACAAGAUGGAGAACGGCGGCGGGGGCGGCGGCUUCUUCGAGUCCUUCAAGCGGGUCAUCCGGAGCCGCAGCCAGUCCAUGGAUGCCAUGGGGCUGAGCAACAAGAAGCCCAACACCGUGUCCACCAGCCACAGCGGGAGCUUUGCACCCAACAACCCGGACCUGGCCAAAGCGGCUGGAAUAUCAUUGCUUAUUCCUGGGAAAAGUGCGAGUAGAUUCGGACGCCGGGGCAGUGCCAUAGGCAUAGGAACCGUGGAAGAGGUUGUCGUCCGCGGGGCCGCCGGCUCUGGAGGCUGCCUGCACGCGCUGUUCUCUGCUCGCUCUCAGGACGGAGGCCAUAUUGGGGACGUUGCCCCCCUCCCCCCGGGACAGGCCCGAGGGCUGGCAGGAUGGAGUGCCAGCAGCUCUGAUGGCACUCAGCACCUGCUUUGGGGCCUGUCACUGAUUGUCCCUGGAAAGAGCCCCACCAGGAAGAAGUCGGGCCCGUUCGGCUCACGCCGCAGCAGUGCCAUCGGCAUUGAGAACAUACAGGAGGUGCAGGAGAAAAGGGAGAGCCCCCCGGCUGGCCAGAAGACCCCAGACAGCGGGCACGUCUCACAGGAGCCCAAGUCGGAGAACUCAUCCACUCAGAGCUCCCCAGAGAUGCCCACGACCAAAAACAGAGCGGAGACAGCAGCUCAGAGAGCAGAAGUGCUGAAGGACUUCUCCCGCUCCUCGUCCAGUGCCAGCAGCUUCGCCAGCGUCGUGGAGGAAGCAGAGGGUGUGGACGGGGACGAUACAGGCCUGGAGAGUGUCUCGUCCUCGGGGACGCCCCACAAGCGGGACUCCUUCAUCUAUAGCACGUGGCUGGAGGACAGUGUCAGCACCACAAGUGGGGGCAGCUCCCCAGACGCCGGCAAGUCGGGGGACCCUGCAUGUCCCGAGAUCAAGAUCCAGCUGGAAGCAUCUGAACAGCACAUGCCCCAGCUGAUGAGGCCGCAGAAGCACAAGGUGAAGACGCUGUGUCAAAUCCAGGCAGACGGGACCUCUGCCCCCGAGGCCAGCACCAGCCUGUGGGCUGCCCCCGGCCUCCCCAACCCUCCUCCUGGCCCACUGUCUGGGCUGUCUCUGCAGGGCGGAGCCAUCCAGACCUGGGAGUGGGGAAGCUGCUGGCACCAUCCCCACCCCCUGGGCUGGGGGGCCGGCUGGGGCAGGGAGUGGUCACUUGAAACAGGACUCCAGGCCUGGCUCAUCUGUCACCCCUGGGUGCUCCUCUGGACUCAGGGGGAGUGAGCUGGAAGGGGGGAUUGAGACAUCUCAGUGCAUACAGAGCCUACUAUGGAGGCCGUGGGGUGUGACGUGUGGUAGAAUGAGCACUGGGCUGGGAGUCCUAAGUCCUAGCUUUUGAUUUGGGUUCUGCUCUGUGACUAUGGGCAAAUCACUCUCCCUCUCUGGGCGCCUCUGCUAUAAAUGGACAAGAUUAUUUCAGAGGUCACUGAAGGCUGUGAGUCCAUGCACCUGCCCCAGAAUGGAGGAUUGUCGUCCCAGGGACCUCCCAUCACCCUACCCUGCUUCUUGGGGUUCCUGGGGCCCCCGGUGGGCCGAGGGGCAGGGAGCUGGCUGUGCCCAUUGCCCCUCCUGGACCCUCAGUCUCUACCACAGAUCUGCCGAUGCCCUGUCCACUGCCUCCACGACAGACGAGUGACCCGCUUGUGGGGGAAGUGGGAGCUACCUGGCUCCUCAGCCAGCACCCAGCUUAACCCUUGCCUUCCCAUGCUCCUGGGCACGCCGGGCCGAGGGGUCUCAGCUGGCCUAGAGUUAUGGGCCGCACCUUUGCGCCACCCUCACCCACCAUGGAGGGGGCAGCCAGGCACAGCCCACAUCCUUGUGUGUGUCUGUCCACACUUUUUAGGCGCCACGCCAAAGGCCAGCCUUCCGGCCCCAACACCCAUUUUGGAAGCCCCCCGUGGCCGUGUGUAUGUCAGUAACAGUUGUACAAAAUAAAUUCUAUU